AUGGAAGAAGUAAAAGGUAAAGUGAGUGAAAAAAUUUCUUUAAAAAAACCAAGAGAAAGUGUUCCCAAACUAAAUAUGCUUGGUCUGCCUAUCUCCAGACCAAUUGAGGUUGUAGAUUCAAGCGUCCUAUCUAAUAGAAAUUCAUAUCCAGACAUAGAUAGUGAUAGUGCUCUUAAUACACGGAGAAUUAUUUUACAAGGAAAUUUGCAGCCAGGCCAAGAAUUUCCUGAAGUAAUUGACCAAGAAAGAAUCGAAUAUCAAGUUGUAAAACUCGACAAAGAAAUUGCAUUUAGAUACUGUGAUGGUGCGUCAGUUAAAGGGGUAAAAAAGGUUCGGGGUAUAACUCCUAUUUUUCCUCCUAAGUUUCGUGAAAAAGGCAUCUUAAAUAAACUGGCUCAGGCUUCAAUAACUGAAGAAAGAUGUGAGUUUUUAAUUGUUAUCGCUAUGUACAAUGAAAAUAUAAAACAGCUAAAUGACACACUAUAUGGAAUUUCUAGCAAUCUCAAAGAUUUUCAAAACGCAGGGAUUUCUUCAAAUAGAAUUGCUUGCAUUAUCAUAGUAGAUGGCAUAAGGCCUUUUUACGCAACUUAUAAAAAAGAGCCUAAAUUUUUUUCUCAGUUUUUUGAUGAGGAAAAAAUUAAGCAGACGUUCCCAGCUGCAAAUGGUGACAUAUUAAAUUGUAAAAUUCCUGAUGAAACUGAAGAUGAUGAGUUUUCACAUGUAUUUUCGCAAAAUACUAUAAUUGGCGAAGAAGACGAUGCUCUUGAACUGCAAUUGAUUUUUUGUGUGAAACAGAAAAACAAAAGAAAAUUAAAUACGCAUUUAUGGUUUUUUGGAGGCUUCUGUGAACUGUUUCAGCCGAGAUACGUUAUGCUGCUUGAUGUUGGAACUAAACCUCUGGAAAGCUCAUUAUUUUAUUUAUAUGAAGCUAUGGUAACUGAUGAUAGAAUUGCUGGGUGCUGUGGUGAAAUCAGACCAAUGUACUCUGGUUGCUGAAAUUUGACUGUUCCAGCUCAGCUUGUAGAAUAUAAAUUUGCACACACUUUUGAUAAAGCUUUGGAAAGUAUUUUUGGCUACGUCUCAGUGCUUCCUGGAGCUUUUAGCGCAUAUAGAUGGAAAGCCUUACAAGGAAAACCCCUAUGAGAAGACUAUUUUAAGUCUAUCUGCCAUCCUGAGCUAAUGAAUGCUUAUUAUUCUAAUAUUUAUUUAGCAGAAGAUCGUGUAUUAUGCUUACUCCCUCAGUCCGUGGGCGAAUAAAACCAUUGGAAAAAUCCCUAUUAUUAUGACCAAAACCCACCCUCAGUGAGCUAACACAACUUUUUUUAUGAAAUUUUUUUUUUGAUAUAUUAGUGAUAAUUAAUAUAUUGAAAUCUAUAGCUAAUUCUGUUUAAUCUUAAACAAAUUGUGUUUUUAAAACAUAAAUUUUACAAAUUAAAUUAAUAUUUGCUCUCCAAUUUUUAUGAAUUGGAAUUUUUUUAAAAAAAACAAUUAACCCCCCUCCAUGAGUGAACAAAAUAUUUUUGUUCGCUCAUGGAAGGGGAGUUAGCAUUAGUAUCGAAAGUAGCUGAAGGUGAACCAAAUUACUUAUUAAGAUAUGUACGCAGCUCAGUCGCAGAAACUGACGUUCCUGAUACUAUUUCAGGACUGAUGGCUCAAAGAAGAAGAUGGAUUAAUGGCUCAUGAUUUGCUUUAAUUGAUACCGUAUCAAAUUUUCAAAAAAUAACAAGGUCAAAGCAUUCUUGCUGCAGGAAAUGCUUUUUUAGCAUUCAACUCCUAUAUUACAUAAUAAAUGUAAUAUUUUCUUGGUUCAUAGUAGGCUCAUUCUUUUUAGUUUUUGCAGUGACAGCUCAUAGAAUUGAUGAUUCAAGUCAGACUGAUCUUUUUACUAUUAGUAAUGCUUGUGUAUUCACAUAUCUUGCACUUGUAAUCAGUGUUUUUGUUAUGGCUAUGGGAGUAAAGCCAAAGCGCGUUGAAGAUCCCUACAAAGUGAUUGCCUGCUUAUUUGGCUUGACUAUGGCCGCAAGCAUUGGAUUUAUGGUUAACUUUCUCUUUAAAACAAACUAUGAAGAAAAAUUAAAUUGGAAAGACUGGGAUGGAUUUUCUCAAGGCGCAGUUUUACUAUUGGUUUUAGGAACAGUCACGAUGUUUGCAUUAAAUGUAGUUAUGAAUGGAGCUAUUGGGCCAGUGCUGAAAGGGAUUAUACACUUUUUAUUUUUGACGCCUACAUAUGUCAAUGUUUUUAUAGAAUUUUCCCAUAGAUGGCGCUGUUUACCCUUGGUUUGCCUACUGGGAAAAUUUUUGGUUUGACCAGUACCAUAUGGUUUGGUCAAACGAAAAAAAUUUUCCAAUGGGCAAAUCAAGGGCAAACAGCGCCAUCUAUGGGAAAAUUCUAUACAAUUUAUGCAAUUUGCAAUACACAUGACUGCACAUGGGGAAAUAGACCAGAUCAGUUAAGCCAAGAAGAAAAAAAUAGAUUAGAAGAGUUUGAAGAAUUUAGAACAAGAUGAGUUAUUGUUUGGGUGCUUAUGAAUGCUUCUUAUGGAUAUUGCAUAAACUUCCUUGAUAAAAAUAAGUCAUAUGGAAGCAAUUAUGUGUAUGGCCUGGCUUGUGUCGGUGGUGUAGUUAUAUUUAUUAGAUUUCUUGGAGGUACUUUAUAUUUAAUUCAAGAAAAAUGCUGCUGGAAAAAAUUAGACCCUUAUCACGAUCCAAGUAUUGAUGAAACUAAAGACAAGCUGAAUAAUUCAGACCAACGCAUUUGCCAAGUAGAAAAGAAGCCUGAAAAUACAAUAGUGUAA